UAGAAUUAGAGCAAAUGCAUCCUUCAUCAGACUCUGAAAGAUCAGGAGACUCUCCUAAACAGCACAACUUCAAGUGCAAAGUGAGAGAUAACCAAGAAGUAGGAAGAUGGAAGAAAUCUGAACAUGAAGACUUCAUCAGAGGUCUCAAAAUGUAUGGAAAGGACUGGAAGAAGAUCGAAGCCCUUGUGAAGACCAGGAACGGAGCCCAAAUUAGAAGCCAUGCUCAGAAAUGGUUCAGCAAAGUUAAUAAACUCAAACAGACCAGAACUAAACAGGGUGAUGACAUUAAAGACGAGGAGCUAGAAACAAUGAAGAUACUUGGAGAAAGAGCUAAGAAGAGAGAUACCAAGUACAUCUUCAAGGAAGCGGAAAUCGAACAACCAAGCGGGAUUGACGGGCAAUUUAUCUCAAAUCCGCUCGAAAACUUAAGCCUACAUCAAAAUACUGACAACUCUAAUCAAGAGAAGAAAUAUAGCGACCAAGAUAUCCUUCUUUUGAUCAAAUUCAUUGUAAAAGAAUUUGCUAAGGUAGUCCAAAAAUGGUUCUACUCCCAGACUACUAGCCUUUCGGGCUUUAAUUUACCUGUGCAGCAGGCAAAUUCAAACCAAAUGCUGCUCCAAUUGUUGAUGAACAAGGAGAAUACAGCUAGACCUCAGGAGAAUCUCCACCAAGGCCUUCAGCAGCAAACUAAUUCAAAGCUUCUUUUUGACAUAAUGAGUCAAUUUAACCUAAACCAGAGCUCUUCUAAUCCUCUUUCUCCAGUUGGAUUAGGCACCUCUGUCACUAGAGAUGCUGAGCCAAAAGAGAACCUGGACGACAUUAAAACUCCUGAAAGAGAAGAUCACGAGGGAAAAGAUGAUGUCAAGACUGUCCAGUCUUCCGAAGGAAGAACAGACAGAAAAGAAAGCAUCUCAGAAGAGAACUCUCGUGCAAAGAUAAGUCUAUCAGAGGCGUACUCCAUCCUGAGCAGGAAUGGGCACCUGCAGUCUCUAUUUAAAAACAUUCCCUCUUUUCAGUAGGGACUUGGAGGCUCUUAUCUUUCAAACCCCCUCUAAGUAAUCAUUAUUUUCCAUUCAAAUAUUAU